GCGAGCUCGACGUUGCUCGCCGCGUCCUUCUUCCCAUCUCUUCCUGCAUUUUGGCUCCGAUUUAAUCGCCUGGAGUCUCUGUCUGCUCCGUUUCCAUCAUACAUAUUGCACGGGUCGUGCGACUUGAGCGCCGAAACGCGGCACGACACGGGGACGUCCUCGACGUCUCUUAUUGUUCAACAACUAUCCUACUUCUCUGCAACAAUCCUGGUGUCGCGAUCUUCUUCCAAUUUGGAGCGAAGAAGACAGUGAUCUGAAUAUAUACGCUCCGUACGUCGGCUAAGCGUAUACUCGGGAAAGAGUAAUAACCUCCUUGUCGUUGUCCGAACUCGGCAAUCCUCGUGUGUCCGCUGUCCUCGUUUUCUUCUGCCUUCUGUCCUGCUUCCCCACUGGUUUUCGGGCGGCUGGGUAACUCUACGUUUUGUGCGAAAUUUCCUCCGAAGCCCAAUUCCUAUUCUACAUUCUUCCGACCUAAAACCAUCAAUCCUGGCAAGUAGUGCGAUGAAUCCUCCCUCUGGCCAUGCUAACGCGGCAUAUUACCAUGAGGAUGAGCUCGCAGCACGGCACGCACAUUCUCGCCAAUAUGAACAAGUACAACAGCACGAAUUCCAAGCUCGCCUUCCAACUACAGGACUUGGGCCGUCUGCAGAUGAUCCUGCCGCGAGUGGAAAUACCGGUGGGAUGUUCUACCCACCCUCAACUUUUGCGUCAACGCGCAUGGCCGCCCAGCAAUACAGUGCCGCUCCUCCCGCGACGGCUUUUCAGCCGCAGACGGAUUAUAUCGACUCCGAUUUACCACCUACCACGCCAACGGUAACGACUGGAUCUGCGUCUGCCUCCAGCUAUUACCCAAGCGCCAAUGUCCAGGGUCAAGCACAGACUCAAUCUCAGUACGCUGCGCCACCAAUGUCCUCCUUACAGCCCACGCUGCACUCGCAUGCACAUCCGCAUCAAGAAGCGGUUCCUACAUCUGCUUCCGUGCCAGCCCACUCAUCAACAUCUGGCCAUACACACACCUCGAUUGGACAAUCACAGUUGGCCGGCCCGCCGUCACCAACAAAUCUCGCCGCACGACGGCAUACUACGUCUGACAUUGGGAAAUGGAAGACGUUUGCGACAGGUCCCUUCGCGGGCCGGACGGUUCGCGCUGAGAUAAUCGAAGUCCAGAAGGCGGACUUAGGGAGGAAAUGCGCUGAUCCGCCUACGUCUGGAAAUGGCUCGCAUGGUGGAGAUGAUGGAGAAAAUAGCGCGGCAAGGAAGGGCAAAGAAAAAGAACAUGACAAGGACCGGGCAGAAAAGGAAAAGGAUGGUGAAACGCGUGCAGUGCGAAAGGAUCGUCGACCGCUCGAUCCACCUCCAGUUGUUUCCCUUCAGUUGUAUGAAAGUGUACAUCAUGGGACACCUCACCAAUAUGAACGGGUAAUCGCAGCGGAGGACGUCGAAAUUGGUGGAUUGAUCUGCCACGUGGAUCUUUAUCGCGUGACGAUUCCACCCAGCCCAACAGAGGUCGCAAGUUUGACGCUGCAUGCAGGAGGACCCGGGCAUGGACAAGCAUUCCAGCAAGGUAGCACGCACAGUGCAACGUUUGGACAAUAUGCGCCCGGACCCAGUCCAGUUUCCGCUCAUCCGAGCCUACAACAGUCGCCAUACUCACCAUAUGAACAGCGCAGUUUUAUCUAUCCACCACAACGUACCGCGAGGCCAAGUUUACUCGCUGCUGAAGAAGAAAAUCAGAGUAACGCUGCUUCUCCACUGGAAGCGGGUUGGGAGUCGGCUUCUCCAAUCUCACCGAUGUCACCAUACGCUUUUCAUUCGCAUCCCAAUCACGCGCAUGCACACUCGUUGAGUACGACUAUUCGCGGGAUAAACGCGAGCAUCGGUGCACCAAUUGACCCGGACGCCCUUCCUCCACCUUCUGAGGCUGAUAAACUUUCUCGCGUUCUGUUCGGCGAGUCGUACGCCCAUGCUUGCUCAAUCCUUGACCUGUCUGGUCGUCCUACCCUCUAUUUUGUCUUUGCGGAUUUAUCGGUCAAACUUGAAGGUCUCUUCCGGCCUCGCUACCGGUUCUUCGAUCUGUUUAGUCGGACCGGGGAUAGUGCUGAUGUCCCUAUACUUGCACAGUGCUUCGGAGGCGCGUUUGCCGUGUAUAGCACCAAGGAAUUCCCUGGACUGAAGGCAAGCACGCCGUUGACGAAACAUCUCAGUCGAUGGGGAAUUCGCGUGAAUAUAAGGGAGACGGAAAGAAAGAGACGAGCGCCAGAUGGUGGUGGCGCCAAUAGCUCGAAUGCAGGAACCGCAACAAAGGACAAAAAGCGUGGAGCAAAUACGAGGAGGCGUGGAGGCAGUAUCAGUGGUGGGGCGUCGAGCGGAGCGUCAGUGAGGGGAGAGGAUGAAGGUGAUGAGAGACAAGGUAGUGGGGAGGUGACUUCGAUUCCACGCGGCGUGGAUGCUCCAAGAAGGUACCUCGAGGGGACAGUACGGGGACGCGGGGCGAAUGCUCGCGGGAAGACAUCAGGCAGUGGACCGAGCUCGAGUGCGAUUGCGGAUACGAGCCACGGAGAGGGCAGCGGGAGGAGCCGGAAGUAGGACAGAGUUGGUAUAAUCAAAUUGCUUCUGAUUUAGACAUUGCGGCCGCUCUAAUUUCGAGUCUGCUAGGAUCCCCUCGGAUAUCAACGGCGUAUUGGACGCUAUUGAUAAUUCUUGUUACUGUAUGCGGGCUAUCGUUACCGCCCGGAAUUUGCUGUGAUUUGUAUGUUUGUUCUGUUGUGCUUUUUGCGAUCCAGUAUACCUUCUUGUGAAUUAUCUUUUGCAAUUCUUGUCCAUUGACUGCUGUCGAAAUGCUUCGUUUCAUUUCUUGUGCUUAGUGUUUUUGUCAUGGUUUUCGGUGUUAAAUGUUUUACUUGUUUGUGCCUCAUGCCCUGUUAUGAUCUAUCUUGAUACACCACCAGUCACUGUCGACAUGGAACACUCCUCGAUGCGCACUCAUGCAACUCCAUUCUUCUCAAUGUUUUGUUCGCGUUGACAUGCACCUUGUAUUCGUGUUAGUAUACAACCCCACUUUAGACUAGUUUUCGUCAUUUAUUUUCUGACUACCGCUAUUUCUUGGAAUCAUUCUAUCCAACUACUAAAUGAUAUAUUUAGGCGUGCUUUGAUACUGUAUCUAUCUGUCUUGUCCUCUCUUUUUCUAUCUCUCGUACCUCCUCUGCUCUGAGUUUUUGUGCCUGUGAUUCUCUUCUUGGUGUUCUGUGAUCAGCUCGAUAUGGUUGCUUUUCCGGAGGCGAGCAAUUUUUGAAUCGUCGGAUCGGAGGGUAAAUAUAUGUACAUACUAUUCACGAUGUUCUGCAUGCACAUUGUAUCUAAUUAAUUU